AAAAUAGACACGUAAGGAAAGUAUAACUUCCAGUCGGUAUUUAUUACCCAGACUUUUGCAAGGGAUCCUCUUGACGUUUAUUUUUAUGUCCUAUUCGUAAGUGUUAACUCGGUUGAUUGACAGACUUCCUCCUCUUCAGCAAUGUUAAAUUUUGAAGUUGUAGUUGAACUCAUACCUUUAGCGAAUCUGACCGACUGACUAACCUGAAAGUUACUUAGCUGAGUAACGGGUGUCUUACUGUUGUGUAACAAUUCAGUUGCCUAAAUUAUCAAUUCUCUUAUUUCUCUAAGAGAUGUCAAUAUAUGAUAGCCACUCUCGAAUUGAAUUUAUCUAUGAAAUCCUGAAUCUCCCUUAAAUUGUCACAAUUAAAAGAAACAUUUAAUCAAACAAGUAUCACUUGUCCGUGACCAAAGGAAGCCUUUAAUUUAGAGUACGAUCACUGAAGUACUUGGUUCCUUUGGACGUUCCAUAACUACCUACUAGUAUAUGAGCUUUUGGAUAAUCUGCGUAAACGCUCGAAACAUAAACACAUCCACGUUGUUUUAUGUUCACAUUAGGACUGGUAACACCGAAGUCUCCCUCAAAAAUGAAAGCUUCAGCCGGCGCUUUGAUCUAUCCGUGCAUUUCAUCUUAAAGGACUUCUACCUUUAACGACACUUUAUCAUAAAGGCUUUCAUCACACUCCGAUAAUAACUACUGUCACAACUGCUAGGUGAGGAAUUCCACCACAUUACUGUUGAACGUGCCGUGAUAAACAUGAAUUAGUAUUUGCACGUUCUACAUUUAGUCUUUCAUGAAACACCCACACCACAAAUAAUACAGGGUAGUGAAUAAGGUGCAGCGGCCCUCAUAAUAUCUCAUGCGUGUCUGUCAGAAAUUCGGGCUGGUGCCGUACGGGAUAUUGACGGCAUCACAUCAAGUAAGAGACGCUUGACAUUACAGCCUCCAGGAAAUUUGGUGAUGAUAACUUUACAUUACAUUCUUGAACUUUUCACAGUCGCAGUUAUGAAGCAAAGUUCGCACACGUUAUUGCAGGCAAAAGAACAGUACCGUAAUGAGUAUUAUUAUUAUUAUUAUAUUAUCAUCAGUAUAUGAAACAUAUUCACAUGGAAGAAACCCACAGGGCCACUGACUUGAAUUUCAAGCUUCCAAAGUGUUGGUUUCGACCUCGCACCGCAGACCCCUCACUGUAGCAGUAACUGACCAUGGUACAGAAGUUUUUCGCUGCCCUGGGGGAGUCGCGAACUCGUGACAUCUAUGCGGAAUGCCACGACGCUACCUACUAUCCAUUGCAUUUACCAAAAGAAAUGUCAGACAACAGCAUCCAGUGUUCCCAGGCAGUCACCCAUCCAAGCACAGACCAGACUCAGCGUUGCUUAACUUUGCUGAUCGGACGAAAACCGAUGCCUUCAACGCGGAAAUAUCGUUACUAGAGGAAAUCCACAAACGCAGUGUCAAGGUGGAAGAUGCUCACCCUCUCGACCAAUCAACGAAGAUGCGAAGUCAGUGCUCAAGUGUGUCCGAGAAGGGGCUUUCCCUGUACCAGGUACCACCAAUGAGUUUUAUCUCUGUAAAGAAGUAGCUGGUGACGGUAUGAUACUCAGGAUCUUCAGAUGCCCUGAAGGAAUAAAAUUUGACGCGACAAAGGAGAAGUGCACGUUUUCUCGUAUCAAAUACAACUUUACAGAGGGAUAUGAAACUGUGAACCAUAAUCCCCUGACACGUCAGAAGCGAUUUCUUGAUAUACUUGGUACGUUUGGAGAACUACUGAACACAGGAGCCUCAUUUAUGGAAACACCUAAAAGCCCAACUUCAGGAGGGCCUGGAAUAGACUUAUCAAGCCUUGAGAAUAAAUUAGCAGGCAUAGAAGCCAAACUAGACGACUCAAGUCUUCGAGUACUGGAGAGACAAGCAGAAAGAAAAAUCUCCUCACAGAUUACACAAGGACUUUUAAAAGAAGUUUUGAUACAAAACAGGGGAAAUUUCAUGGCUACAAGAGAUAUUCUUCAUGGGGGAAUCACCCAGAAUAACGAAAAUCUUAGCAAGCUUCGUACUUUGAUAACAGAGGGAAGUGAGACUUCAACGCAGAAUUUUUAUAAAAUUCAGGGCGACUUAGAAAAAUUGAAAGAUUUCAUUGAUCAACAAAUUACUAAGGCUAAGUCUGAAAUUGAAGAGGGCUUUACAAGUGUUACAAAUUCAGCUUACAGAGCUAGAAUAGAACCUAUUGUGUCAAAGCUUCUGACUUCAAUCAAAGACUUUAAGCACAGACAGAAUCACGUGAUGAGCUUACCAGAAAAGAAUAAAAUGGACGAAUUGAAAAGAAGUGGAGGUUACAUAGAUUAUUUAGAAUCAGCUAUGUUGGAGAGAACUCUCUAUGAUAUAGUACAUCAAAAUUUAGCCAUCCCUAAAAGUCCUGCUGAUAUCUUUGCUGCAUUCAUUUUGGAUCUGUUGUGUGAUGGGCUGCAAUUUCAUGCACGUAUUCUGUCAUCAAUUGUUUCAUCAAACAUGUAUUUAGCAAAAAAGGCCCUUAAAGAUAGGCAUCUUGAAGAUUUUAAUACAUACAUGUUACGAGUACACUCUUCAGUUUUAAGAAUGGAAUCUAAUCUUGGCUUUCACAGUGGGAGAGGUUUAAUUAAAGAGAUUAAGGAUUUACUAAAUAAUGUGGGUCAUUUACACUUUAUUUCAAGUAUUCCUUUUCUACCCCAACUUCUCACAGAAAGGCAAUAUAAACUGGAACAUCUUGAAAGAGAACUCGGUGAAUUUGUUCACAAAGUUACACCCUUGAGUGUUCCUGGUCGUAUAUUAAAGAGGCUCCAAUUUAGUACUUCUACAGUUCCACUCCCUAUUGGACCAUGGAAAAGGGGAAAGAAGGUUAGCUAUGCCGUUCAACAUAUUUCCAAAGAGCGAGUUUCUACUGUAGGUGAAUGGUCACAACCAUAUGAAAUUUUGGAUAGAGCACAUCCUGUAGUUUAUGUGCCAUCAGCUGACAAUAACAUAACCCGCAUAGUUUACAGAAAGUUUGAUGACGGGCAGUUGCCAGAAGUUGUUGCCAUGAUAACUGAUAAAGAGAUGACUUCAUUUAGAGAUAUAGGAAGGGACCUUAUUAAUGCUGCAGCCAGACCUAAUCAACAUCUAGCUGUGAUAGAAACUAAAUCCCUGGUUGAGGAUGGUGCUGAAAUUAAUGUUAGACUUGACCAAAAUAUGGCAGUACCUUUUCAUCAUGCAGCAGAACAUAACAAUGUAGAAGUACUAAGGUUGUUGCUCAGUAAGGGUGCAGACAUCAAUAUCAUGUCGUCAGACAAUAUGAAUGCACUCCACUUUGCUGCAUCACAGGGAAGUAAAGAUGCAUUGGAAUAUCUUCUGCAGGAGGGGGCAGACAUAAAUGCACAAACAAAACAGCUUGGAUGGUCUCCAUUGCACAUUACUGUUUCUAAUGAUGACUUAGAAGCUACACAAAUUCUUCUGGAAAACAAUGCAUUUAUUAACAUCAAAGACAACAUGGGGUUGACUCCACUCCAUGUCUCUAUUCUUGGAAGCGGAGAAACAAUGAAAAUUCUGUUGGAUACAGCGACUAUAGAUGUUAAUGCUAAAGAUAUCGAUGGUUUAACUUCUCUUCACCAUGCUGCAAGAAGUUCCACACCGAUAUUCGCAAAACAGCUUCUGCAACACUAUAACACAGAUGUUAAUGCCUUGAGUAAUAGUCAGAUGUCACCACUGCAUUAUGCAGCAAUUACGGGGAAUGUGGAAAUAAGUCAACUACUCAUUGAACACAAGGCCUCUCUAACCAUUACUGAUUCAAGUGGUUCGACCCCAUUACACUAUGCAGCUUUUUAUGGCAAUACUGAAGUUACACUGUUGAUGAUUAAGAGAGAUGAAUCGCUUGCCUCCAUUAAAUCUUCAAAAGGUCAUACAGCAUUUGACCUUGCAAAUGCGAAUAACAAUGCUGAAGUUGCUUUGUUACUGAACGAUGGAAAGGAAGUCCUUCAAGACAUUGAAGUACUAAUGCCAAGAGGAUUCCCGAAUAUUUCUGCUUCAGCAGACAGACCUCAUUCACAAUAUUUCAUAAAAGCAACUAAUUGUGCACAACAUACCAUGGAAGAAAUUGGUGAACAUUCAGAGGAAGUUUGCUCGCAGGUUGAUAAAAUAUCAAAUUUUGUUCAGAUGGUAAUGUCAAUGGUUCCCAUACCAGUGAGAGGAGAGAGGGAGAAAUAUUUCUAGAUAUAAAGAACAACUAUAACACCGUCCUGCAAAAAGCACUAACUCAUGUUAGGCUGUGGGGCAAUGGCAAUAGUAUACUUGGGGUAGUUCAACAAACAUUCGUGUUAACAAAGAGCUUUGAAGCACAAUUUAACAAGAAGUAUAAUGCAUAUCAAGCAAGAACCUCUGAAAUAUCCAAAGAAAUAAACACGGGAGACUUCAUAAUCAAAACUCAAAAAGAUAUUUCGGAUCUAGAAAGUGAUCUUCAGAAAACACAGGCUGCACUUGCACUGGCUGUUUCGACAGUUACAAAACAAUAUUUACAAAAGAGAAUACGUCAAAUUGAACUAUCGUUAGAGAGGAAAAGACAAGCUCGAUCAGUUGACCUUUUAACUGCAGAGAUAUAUGAAGAAUUACUGUACUUCCUUGGUGAAGUAGGUAAAGAUGCUGACAACAUCAAAGACACAGCUGGAAAUGCUGUAAAACAAAUUCUGAUUUUCCAAGCUCACGUAGAUGAGGAUAAGCAAAGUUUUACCCGCAUAGCACAACAGGCCAACAGUAACCUUAGAAGGAUUCAACAACAGAGUAUAGAAAGAAAUGCAGAGUUGAAAACUAUUCAGGAGAGACAAGAACGUUUACAAGCUGAAGUUGAUGGACUACAUCAAGAGGUUAACUCCCUAUAUAACAGUAUCUAUGAAACAAAGAGGAUACUAAGGGAACAGAGAAAGGAAAUACUAAGAAAAUAUGAGAAGACUAGUGCAUUUGGUUAUUUUGCUUCAGCUGCCUUGGGAAUUAUAAAUAAGUUUGCACCAUUCAUUAUACCACCUAAGCUGUUACAACUCGUUGAUGUACAACAACAAUCAAUUGUGGAAAAGUGGCAGUUGAACUUAGAAGAGAGUCAUGAAAAAGACGAACUAAUUAGAAGCAUGAUUAGAAACAAGGAAAAAAGUAUCAUGCAGCUAAGGGAAGAAAUAAUAAAUGGUUCAAGGAACUCACAGUCAGUUACCACAGAGUUGAAAGCAUUGAACAAAGUUGAUUUCUACCUGAAAGAUGUUACUAAUGAGCUCCCAUCUGUGCACAAAUCUAUAUCAAGUGUUUUUGGUGGCCUACGAAAUGUGCAUAAUGUAUUUACGCAUAUCAAAUCUAAAAUCCAAGAAAUGAUUGACGCGGGAAAGUCGGCAAAAACAACAGAAGAUAUCGAAGCUGCUUUGAAGCAAACCUUUGAAAUGCUGACCACUCUGCAGUGCUAUUGGAGAGAUAGCACUCUUUAUGUAAUGAACUUGAGGCUCUGCUCAAAGCAUGAUCAUCAACCAUGAACAUGAAAAAUUCCUUUCUCCAAGAGAUCUCAACUAUCAGUUACAAGUACAAAGUGUAAAUGGAAGAAUUUCUUAUUUUCCUUACACCACUAUUUAAUCUCUAAUUUUCUAUAAGCUUUUCAUGCGUGAGGAGAUGCAAUCAUUUGUUAAGUUAUGUGUGGAAUUUCUUGUAUUCAACAGCCCUAUGUAAAAACUCUCUCGAGUUUCGAAUAAGUAAGCGGAUGUUGUCGGGUGUUCAUACUUUUAUGUAAACGAUGAAAGCCAUUGACUUGAAUCAUUGUCAUAACCUAAAAUAAAGUACGCAGUUUCAUAA